AUGGCGUCGCUAUAUCGCAUUGUCGGCUGCGGCGCCAGACGUCUGCAGCUUGCGAAGCCAACAAUAAAGCCAGCAAUACGCGCCUUAUCGCAGACUUCUCUGCGCAAGGCCAACGAGUUACCUAACCAGCGCACCACCCUUCAACCCGUCGAUCCCGAUUUCGCCCACCCCUCGGAUCCUUAUGGCGUACAACGUCUUCAAAAUCAGGAUGGCUCCGUCGAGGCCUCCCGCGAAGGAAGCAUAACUGAUCGGAAGGUCCGUCACUACACAGUCAACUUUGGUCCUCAGCAUCCUGCUGCCCACGGUGUGCUACGGUUAAUUCUAGAGCUGAGCGGAGAGGAGAUCAUUCGAUCCGACCCCCACGUCGGACUACUUCACAGAGGAACGGAGAAGUUGAUCGAGUACAAGACCUACUUGCAGGCCCUACCGUACUUCGACCGAUUAGAUUACGUCUCUAUGAUGACCAACGAGCAAUGCUUCACCCUCGCUGUCGAGAAAUUACUAAACGUAGAAAUCCCGGAGCGAGCCAAGUUCAUUCGAACUUUAUUUGGAGAAAUUACAAGAGUUCUAAAUCAUCUUAUGUCCGUUCUAUCACAUGCCAUGGACGUGGGCGCUUUAACACCUUUCUUAUGGGGUUUCGAAGAACGAGAGAAGUUGAUGGAAUUCUACGAACGUGUAUCUGGAGCCCGUAUGCAUGCCGCAUAUGUCAGACCCGGCGGUGUUCACCAGGAUAUUCCAUUCGGCCUUUUAGACGACAUCUACCAAUGGGCGACGCAAUUUGGCGACCGAAUCGACGAGACCGAGGAAAUGCUAACAGAUAACCGAAUCUGGAUCCAGAGAUUAAAGGGUGUCGGUGUGGUUUCCGCCGAGGAAGCUCUUAGCCUUUCUUUCACUGGCGUCAUGCUGCGAGGUUCAGGUAUACCGUGGGAUGUACGUAAGAGUCAGCCAUAUGACGCAUACGAUCAAGUUGAGUUUGAUGUUCCCGUUGGAGUCAACGGUGACUGCUACGACCGAUACCUAUGCCGAAUGGAGGAGUUCCGCCAAUCUCUCCGAAUUAUCCACCAGUGCCUGAACAAGAUGCCAGCCGGUCCUGUCCGAGUUGAGGAUUACAAGGUAUCGCCACCCCCGCGAGCAGCCAUGAAGGAGAACAUGGAGGCCCUUAUCCACCACUUCCUGCUUUACACCAAGGGUUACGCUGUACCUCCUGGCGAGACUUAUGCUGCCAUUGAGGCGCCGAAGGGAGAGAUGGGUGUGUAUCUGGUGAGCGACGGAAGCGAGAGGCCAUACCGGUGUCACAUCCGUGCGCCUGGUUUUGCGCACUUGGGCGGCUUCGAUCAAGUCGCUAGAGGGCAUCUGAUCGCUGAUGCUGUAGCGAUCAUCGGUACGAUGGAUCUGGUGUUCGGUAAGUACAAUCAAUGCUCUAGAAACCUGAAGAAUUUAGAUACUAACGCAUUCGAAUGA